CUUGCAAAUGGUUUGAUCCUCCAAUCUACAAAAUACUGGAUCAGAUUUUGAAGGUCUGGCUGGUUGAAAUGUACCUGCUGUCCUUUCUGAAGGACAUUGAACUUCCUACUGGAGGAGCUGCCAUAGUGUGCUGUCAUUUCUAGCAUUGCUUUCUUGGUGAAGAGGAAGCAGAGCACUGUUGGGGGGGGGGCUUUUAGGCACUUUCUGAUGUGCAAAGUAGGUGCAUUUAGUUUCAUUCUCAAAAUAUGCUUGUUGCUUUUAGCUGGCACAACUGUUGUAAAGUUAUCUUGCCCAGAUGUUUUAUGCUUCUGGAAAACAUUGUGCUGAAAAUGCCUGGAUAUGCCUUGAAGGCUUAUUUCUAUUCUUGGGUCAAGGCUGAAAGGGAGGACUGUUUUCUUGUUUUCUGAAUGUUUCUGUGCAGACUGAGCUGCAAGUGCAGAAAGAAUGUAGAAGGGCAACCAAUCUCAAAUGCUUAUUUGCUUCUCACUGAUUUUCAAACUGGAAGUCCUGAAAAUGGAUUAAUUCACAUUUUUGUACCUUGGUAACUGGGAACUUUCUGACCUAGUUAAAUGGACCCUUUGUUUUGUUAUUUCCUUCUAGAUGUGAUAGGCAGACGAAAAAACCUCAGGAAAAGCAGUGUGGUCAUCUGAGAUUUCUUUUAAGGGUAUUAACUGAUUUUUCUGGAACUUGGUUGCAGAAGUAGAUCAUCUCCUUCCAUGUCCUUAGCCAAGCUGCAGUUCACUUCACUUUGACUUAAUUUUGCAGACACUUAUGCUUGCCUUUAGCCUUUGUGCUGCACUAGUAAUGGGAGUAAAAAUGCAAGUGCGAGGACAGCCAAAUCUUCUGUGGACUGUCUCCCCCAGGCACAGCUGACCGAUCACUGAGCAUCCACAUCAACUUGACCUCACCAAACCCAUUGAAGAUCAGGGCCCUUUGGAUGUGAUCAUACACAAACUGACAGAUGUCAUCCUUGAAGCAGACCAGAAUGACAGCCAGUCACUGGAGCUGGUUCAACGGUUCCAGGAGUAUAUUGAUGCUCAUCCAGAAACCAUUAUCCUGGACCCUCUUCCGGCUAUUCGCACACUUCUGGACCGAUCCAAGUCUUAUGAGCUAAUUCGGCAAAUAGAGGCAUACAUGCAAGAUGAGAGGAUUUGUUCACCACCCUUUAUGGAGCUGACAAGUGCCUGUGGAGAAGAUACCUUGCAGCUUAUAGAGAAGAAUGGACUGGCAUUCCCAUUCAUUUGUAAAACCAGAGUGGCCCAUGGAACCAACUCUCAUGAGAUGGCGAUCAUCUUCAACCAGGAGGGCCUGAAAGCUGUUCACCCCCCUUGCGUCAUUCAGAGCUUCAUCAAUCACAACGCUGUGCUGUAUAAAGUCUUCGUGGUUGGGGAAUCCUACACAGUGGUGAAAAGACCAUCUUUAAAGAACUUCUCUGCAGGAAUCUCAGACAGAGAAUCAAUAUUUUUCAACAGCCACAAUGUUUCAAAACCGGAAUCCUCAUCUGUCUUAACAGCACUGGAUAAAAUCGAAGGAGUAUUUGAGCGGCCAAAUGACGACGUCAUCCGGGAAAUCUCGAAGGCGCUGCGGCAAGCUCUGGGAGUUUCUCUCUUUGGAAUUGAUAUCAUCAUUAACAAUCAGACUGGGCAGCAUGCGGUCAUUGAUAUAAAUGCAUUCCCAGGUUACGAGGGUGUUUCUGAGUUUUUCACAGAUCUCCUGAACCACAUAGCUGCUGUCCUGCAGGGUCAGGCACCUGAGGUGACCCAGCUAAACCGUAGCAAGCUCCUGGCAGAGCAGACCAGCGGGAUCAUGGACGAGCGGAUAUGCUGCGCUAGCACAGGCUGUCUCAGCGUCAUGGGAAAAGACUCCUCCUGGAUUGUGGAAAGUGAGACCAACAGCUCAGUAAAACUGCAACACCAGAGACUAGGCUGCAACUCGGCAGUGUCCCCCAGCUUCCAGCAGCACUGCGUCGCUACGUUGGCAACAAAAGCUUCUUCUCAAUAACUUGCUAAUGCCAUGGACUGAGAGAAAGCCACAGGGAUACAAAUUGUGGUCCCAGAACCAGAUCAGGCUGUAACAGUACAAUUGUGAAAAAUGAAAAAACAAAACAAAAACAACAAACCACAACACAAAACACAAUGUAGAAAAACAAAAUAAAACCCCCUUCCAUUUGAUUUAACCUAAUUGACUGAUGAAAUGGACUGAAAGAAGGAGGGCAAGAAAGUGAUUCAGAUCCAUUUCAUUGGAUUCCAGUUGCAAAUCUGUAGUGAGUUUACACACACAUGAGUUUUAACACUAGUCCUUUCAUUGUGGGAGGGUUGCUCUUUCAUUUCUAUUGUUCUUUUUAAUCACUGGUGACCAGCAUUUUAAAAUCGGACCUCAUGGUUUCAAGAAGAUAAUAAUGUUGAAUGCAGUGUCUGAAUGUAACAGUGCAAGAGAUUUUUGCCUAAAAUAUUCCCUGUUCCCUUUUUCCAGGUAGGCCAUUGCAAAUGAAAGCUAAGACAACUUCAGUAUCACUAAACCAAAUCUCUGGAAACAUUGACCAGUCAAGAUGUUGACAGGUAGCCUGCUGUAAAGCCGUGGCACUUGGAGUAGGACAGAGCAGUGUGAUUGUUCAGGGUGCAGAACUGAGGUGACCACCCCGGUUCCAGCUUUGCAGUUCUUCCCCCAGGCCUCCUGGCUUCAGUCAAAAGCAGCUCCUAACUGUGUCUGCCAACAGCGACACAUGUUCAGUCUGGACAGGGUGCCGAUAGUUAGGUUGAGUGAUUUAGUAAAUUGAAUAUAAUCCUUUCAAUUGUCUGCUAGUGGUGAAAUCCUAGAAGAGUUAAUAGAAGCAGCUCAUCUCUCAGCAGAGAAUUUGAUUCUCCCUCCAUUGCACGUGUGAGGACUCUGGGACAACUCUGCAGAAAAGCUGCAGAGCCACGCGUUUUCCUUGGAGCAGUACACCUGAUCUGCAGAUCCUGAGGGGUAUCACAGUUGCUGCCUUCCACAGAUCCAUAGUGCUGUGCAUUUUCUUUUCUUUUGCAAAUUAAAUAUAAGCAGAAUUGUGUACCUUCGUAUGAGGUAGAAGUGCACAACAGCUCUAGCUUAGAGACCACAUUAUUUUGUUGCAAGCUACCAGAUGAGGCCGUGUGGUAAUUUACAAUAGCAGUUUAUACUAUUUGUAAACUACAGCACAGCCAAUUUGUAUCUCUUGAGAUAUGCAGUAAACCUACAGUGUUCACCUUCUAUUGCAUCUUCUAGCAUGGCAGCAUCUUCUGCUGUUGAGAAUUCCUGCAACUUUUGCCAAUUCUGAACACUAAACUGGAAAUAUCCAAGUCUGUCAGUGCUGAUAAGAGAGACACUAUUUUGGUAGAUAGAGUGGCCUUCCUUUCCCCAUAUAAGCCCUAAAAUAUGUUUAAGAGGGGUGGUGUUAAGAAAAUUUCCUUAAUUAAGCUUCUAGAUUGCAGAUACGGGAAUUUCUCUCUUUCUAUAGCAGGUAUUCGUAAAGUAUCCAUCACUGCAGCAUUUGAUAACAGUUUGGUUAGUAACAUGUGUUAGAUAUCUACUCAAAAGGAAAGGAUCUAGAGCUUAAAGCCCAGGUAGACCAUGAAGAGAGGAUCAAACUGUGUAAAAGAUGUCACUAGCCUACCUGAUUGUACCAGUCCUGGAGGGGAAAAAGUUUUGAGGAGUGUUGUGUAGCAGUUCUUUUGUGUAAACAGUGUUUUCAUCAUUGAAGAGAUUGGAUUUGUUCCCAAAAUGCCAUUCUUGGGAAUUUCCUGUAGCCAGGAUUGGAUUUUCAAGGCUGAUAUACACAAGAGAAGUUAUUCCACCUUUAGAGGGGUUACUAACUUUAAGAUAUUUCUGUAGGGACUGGAAGGACCUUAUGAGUGUGGUAUCUGCCAAAUUCCAGGGUGCAUGUAAAUGCAGCCAACUUCCUCAACUAUUGCAGAUCAGUUCUGAGCUGGGCACGCUUCUCAAUCCUUGUAUGCUUUGAGGCUGCUGGAUCCCACGUUGUCUGCAGCUCGCAGGUCUCGGGUAGUUGUGGUGUGAGUCAGAUGUACAUAGGUAAGGGUUUAUAAAAGUAUUCGUGACAGACCAAACCUUUCGUAAAGCCAUGACUGAAAUAAAUUUGACAUCUACAGUUUGGGGGUUGUUUUUGUUUGUUUCAAAUAAAGAAGUCUCUUUACGUUACACGUGUAACAGAAGAUACCCUCAGGAAGGAACUUGCCAGUGCAUAUUUUUGUAUGGUACUUUGUUGUAACCAGGUGGUGGAGUGUUUGUAGAUUUGUCUUUUGCUCCCUUUAUUACAAUGGCUUGGGUUGGGGUUUUUUUUGGUGGCUGGUUUGUUUGUUUGUUUGAGUUUUGGUUGGGUUUUUUGGUGGGGUUUUUUUUGUUUGUUUGUUUGUUUGAGUGGUUGGUUUUUUUUUUUUUAAAUUGGGUGGUGGGGGAGAAGCAAUGAUGUUAAAACUGGGUUAGUUACUCAAGAUCUUUCAAACUAAGUAUGUUUACAUGAUUCUGAGUGUUGGAUCCAAUGGAAAUGUCUGUAUGCUGUUUCCUAGUUAGAACAUCAAAUAAGAAUUUUAUUUUCCUGGCUGCCUUCUGAAUUUUGGUUGGCCUAUUUUGCACUGCUUUAUUUCUCCAAAAUAAACUACUGAAAUAUAAUUGUGCAUUUUAAACUUGUUUACAAAUAAUUGUUAGAAGUUUAUUUUGUAAUUCUCUGAAGGCUGGAGAAAUACUAUAUUUAAAUAUUACUCCAGACCUUGACAGUAACUAGAGAACAAGUUUAGGUCAUUGGUGUGAUCAGUGAUAUUUUUCCCAUAGUCUGUAAUUUAUUUUUUAUUUAUCAAAUGUAUCACUUUAAUUUACCAGGUGCAGAUAUGCAGGUACCUGUUGUGAUAUGGCAUUACAAUAGAGUUUUCACAUAAAUUACCAUGCAAUUGCUGUACUACUAUAUUUCUUUGCAGAAAUUAUUGUUAUGGCUCGUUAUGGCUAGAAUGUUGCUAAAUCACAGGGGCAAAUUGGGAGACCAACUUCUAAAAGCCAACCUGUAAAUUACCAAGUAUCCAGACAUACAAUUACAUUAUUGCAAAGCAUUCAAGCAUGCAUAUGUUAUUAAGCCUGUGCUAAAGUGCUUUUCUGAAUUGCUGCCUCGUUUGGUAAGUUCAGGAUAGUUUUGAUUUAAGAUAAGCUUCACAGUAAGUUAGUUAAUAUUCUGUAGUCUUUUUUUGUAAAAGUAGAGGAGUUUAGUAAUAUUAGACCAUACCAGAAUGCCCUUGCUCUUAAAAUUGCAGACAAUCUGAGGGAGAUUUUUCCAUAAUAUCUGUUCGAAUUCUGUUACUUUGGGUUAGAAAAGGUUCUGCUGUGUUUUCAGAGGCAUGGCUAUUAUUGCUGUGUUGAUUGGAGCAAUUUUAUUAAAAUUAUAUGGUCACCAGUUAGCUUCUUAGGGAUCUAUUUCUGUUCUGCUUCACUGUUAGAAAUCCACAAGAACAUCAUUACCCUGAUUGGAAUUUCUCCAGGUUUUGUGUCAGUGUGAUGGAGGAGAUGGGACUCCUGUUUGCACUGUAAUCAUGCUUCAGCAGGGGGAGAUUUUUCUCUGUUGAAGAGAACUUGAGCGGUAUCAUUACUGCCCACGAUGGCAAAGCCAUCACCAUCCUGGUCAUUACGUGAAAACCAACUGCAGAAAUGCAGCCCAACUAGGAGCAUUGGUGCUGACCCUUAUGGUUUGUGUCGUGCAGAGCAACCCCUGGGCCAAUGCUGUUUUGCCUUUGGUUAACCACGUGUCAGGCUAUUCAACCUCCAUGCUGUAGGAGCUGAUUGACUGAGCUGGUUAGUAGAUAGGGUGCACUAUUUUUAUUAAUAUUAUUCAGACAGUUGGAAUGAUAAAGCUGUUUAAAGAUCUCCAUCCUCUAAGUGUGAAUGUUUGUGCAGAGGAGGUCUGCAGCAGGUUGCUCAGAUGGAAAACUACCAGUUUAAUUUGUUUUCAUUAGAGAUGGGUACAAAUUAAAAACCUGACCCUGAGGCUUCACGAGUUAAGAAGGAUUGCUCAAGAUAAAGCCUCAGGUUCUCCAGAUUAACUGUGGGCUGUAUCCAGCCAGGGAACAAGCAGGUGGAGUACUGGGUAGAUAACAGAGGCAGGAUAGCAGUCCAAAGGCAACAGAAUAAAUGAGGCCAGAGGUGUUUGAAUUGCCUGGCUAAAAAGAGUGAAAAAAGGGAAAAAUGCAUCCAGGCUUCUCAGUUCUUAGACUAACACUGGUUUCCCAAAGUGUUUGUGUGGCAGCAGUGACAAAUGAGUCAGGCUUUUUCACACUAGCUUGCAGCCUUGCCUUCCACAGCUGUGCAGAAGAUCUUGGAUUUUGUUUUUUUAGUGAAUAGAGUCUAUUUUGAGUUUGUAGCAGUCUCCCCAUGUGCACACUUGCAGGAGUUCACUUGCAUUACCCUGCUAACUUUCUUUUCCUCUCUCCAUUUUAGUAAGAGAUGUAUUGUUUUCUGUAUUCAGUAUACAAUUACUUUAUUGUGUUGCAACUGUGUGUUUCGUAAUUAGGAGUAUGUGAAAAUGCUUUGUGUAGGUUAAAAGAUUUCCUUUAAUAUAAUCUCCUCUCGCUUUCAUAGAUAAAUGGACACGCCGUUGCAGAUCACAUUGCUGAUUUUAUUUGUAAUAUUGCUUUAAUAUCUAUUUGAGGGGAAUGUAACCUCCAGAAAAGUACUUUCCACAUCUUCACCACCUUUCCUUUCCUUUCCCUGUUCACUGUGUGUGGAUCCAGGCCAUCAACACUUGAGCUUUUGACCUGAUUGAUAGGUUUCAGAUCCUCCAUGGAUUCUAUCAUGUUUACAUGGCCACAAAAAUUAUUAAAGAUGGUUGAAGUUUGAGAGGAUCCAGGUAUAAAUGGAGAUGUUAGAGCAAUUCCUGAGCAACACAAGCACAGUAGCAUCUGUACAAGCAAAGGGAAUCAUUCUCCAGGUGUAUGUGUGCAAGUGGCUGUUGGGGUCUGGUCCACUCCUGCUUCUGGGGCAGUUUUCCUGUGGAAAUAGAAAAUCCACUGUAAGAAAAUGUCCUGUAUCUGUGAUGCAGGAGGAGGGUGAGGAGAGGCAGAGCUUGGGAGUAAAAUCCUGGCCAUUGGAUAUCGUGAUACCAGUGGUCCAGAAUUUAAAUUCUUUUUAAUAGCAAUGUGGGGAGGUGUUUUCUUUCUCUCCACCUUUCAUACCCUGAAUCCGCUGGGGCUGAUGCUUGCCGAUGC